AUUGCUACCUGAAUUGGAUCGAUUGCAUAGCGCCCUGCAGGGGUUUCCAUAGUGAGUUUCAGAAGUGUUCAGCUCUGUACGGAGAGCACUGACUUCCUGGUAUAGGAUCAUGGGCAUUUUUCCUCACUGAUAGCACCAGGAGAGCAUUCCCAGCGAUGUAAACAAGACGGAUACGUGCGCUUUAGAACAAGGUCAUGAGUGCCUCUAGUAGCGGACCUGUGGAGAACAAUCUGACCUCUGUGAAAGCUCACCUGGGCUCUGGUGUCCCAGCAUCCUCUUCUCUCCCAGCAUGACUUCUGAUACAGAGCAGGAUGCUGCCUUAAAACUUGAACAGGAGAGGGCGGAGAUCGUGGCCAAAUAUGACAAGGGAAAAGAAGGAGCGACUGUGGAACCUUGGGAAGAUGCCAACUUCCACCUGUACAAAGUCAUCGACAGAUUCGGCUUCUUGCAUGCGAAAGAACUGCCAUCAUAUGACUCAGUGGAAGAAAAGCAAAAACACCAGGAGGUGGAACGUACUACAAAAUGGCUGAAAAUGUUGAAGAGUUGGGAUAAAUACAAGAACAGUGAAAAGUUGGCGAGGAGGAUCUACAAGGGCAUUCCUCUCCAGCUCCGGGGAGAAGUGUGGUGUCUCCUCCUGGAUAUUCCCAAAAUAAAGGCGGAGAAGAAGGACUUCUAUGAGAACCUAAAGCACCGGGCGAGAGGGUCGUCUCCCGACGUCCGUCAGAUCGACCUGGACGUAAACCGCACGUACCGUGACCACAUCAUGUUCAUGCACCGCUACGACGUCAAGCAGCAGGCCCUGUUCCACGUCCUCACCGCCUACUCCAUGUACAACACGGAGGUUGGCUACUGUCAGGGCAUGAGUCAGAUCACAGCUCUGCUGCUCAUCUACAUGAAUGAGGAGGAUGCCUUCUGGGCCCUCGUCAAGCUGCUGUCUGGUCAGAAACACGCCAUGCACGGUUUCUUUAUUCCUGGUUUCCCCAAGCUGAUGAGGUUUCAGGAGCACCAUGAACGCAUUCUGAAGAAGAUGAUGCCCAAACUCAAGCAACAUCUGGAUGGCCAGGAGGUGUUCACCAGCCUGUACACCAUGAAGUGGUUCUUCCAGUGCUUUCUUGAUAGAACGCCUUUCACCUUGACUCUCAGGAUAUGGGACAUCUACAUCCUUGAGGGAGAGCGAGUCCUUACUGCUAUGUCCUACACUGUCCUCAAACUCCACAAAAAGCACCUACUGAAGCUAUCCAUGGAAGACCUUGUGGAAUUCCUACAGGUCACCUUGUCCAAGGACUUCUUCUUCGAAGACGACAUGGUGAUCGAACAGCUGCAGAACUCCAUGUCGGAACUGAGACGCUCCAAACUAGAGCUACCUGCACCAGGUAAAGAGGAUGAGUUUCCCAAGAAGCCCCUGGGUCAACUCCCGCCCGAGCCAGCGGCCACCACCGCCAACCACAUGGUGAACGGGCAGAGCCACAUCGCCAGGCCGGAGCCACAGCCGGUGCCCGAGGCCGGGCCGGACCGCCCCCCGGAGAGCCGGCCGAACAGCCGAGCCCGGCGGAACUCUCUGGAGAAGCUGGUGCGGAAGCACAAGGCCGAGAAGCGCGAGGCCCGUUCUCGGGGGUCCGGGGAGCUGGAUUCCGAGAAGCCGGCCCCUGCGGCGACCUCGUCUCCGGGGCCCGCGGUGCCAAACGCCGCCGCCGCCCAGGAGGAAGCCAAGGCGAGCAACCACGCCACGGCCAACCACAACUCCAACGCGGUCCCCAGCCCCCGCAAGGACAUCACGCCGCGCUGGAUGAAGCCCUCGGAGACCAAGCUGGAGGCGGCCAGGUCUGCCGCAGCAGAAAGCGGCAGGGCGCGAGGCCUGGCCUACAGCCGGGGUGCCACGCCACCGUCCCCUGCCGGCCUGGAGGACUCCCAGCUCCCCAACCGCCGGCCCCGCUCCCGCGGAGGCUUCGUGGCCAACGCCAACCGGGGGUCCAACGCCUCGCAGUACGACAACGUCCCCGAGCUGGAGCACGACUCCAUGGAGGAGCAGGAGCUACCGCCCUCGCGCGGGCAUUUCGGGCCCCCGACGCCCAAACAGAGCAGCCCGAACCGACCGCCUAGCAGCGCUGGAAGUGUGACGGGACCCCGGGUCCAGAGACACGCGCUGCCGGCCAGCAGCCCGGACCCCAGGCCCGUGGGGAAACCCCCUCCGAGCUACCCCAACACCUCUCACCUCGGGACACCCCUCCAGCACUCUCCAGUGAGGCCCGACGCAGCCCUGGCCUUCCACACACCCUACAGCAUACCAGUGGACCACAGGCCGGAGGGGCGCAACUACGGCACCACAGUGAGGGCUCCCACCGGCCUCUCCCCUGAAAAGGCCCUCAUGAACUCCUACGCCACCUACCGCCAGCCUGCCCGCAUCACGGUGGCCCCGGCGGAGCAAAACGCCCAAUUCGACAGCUCCGCCUCCAGCAGCUACUUGAGACAGCCGACCAGGCUGAUCGGCACAGCAGUGUACCCGCCCUCAGACUACGGGCAGGAGGGGUGGAGGGGGGUGGACCCACCCCUGCUCUAUCACCCCGAGGGACACGGUAGCGGGGGGCGGCAGUGGAGUCAGGAAAACGAUUCCCCCCCGUCUCAGAGCGGCAUGCCGCGAUCGCCCAGUUUCCGAAUGGCGCAGAUGGCGCCCGUGAAUGAGUUCCCCUACCCUCCUGCUCCAGACGGCCCGCGCCAUUACAGGACACAGUAUCAGGAGCAGCAGCCUCCUCCCAGGCAGCAGCAGCUCCCCCCAGUGUUUGGAGGACCACACUACAGGCAUGCUCCAGAAGCGUUUGCCAUGCAAGAGUCUAUGUUGCUGUGAGUGUGAGAGAGAGAGACUCUGAACUGCUGCAGGGUCACCUGCAUAGUCACAAAAGCAAGGAAAGUUGCAACUAUUCUCAUGUUUCUCUCUACUGUUUUUUUAUUGUUGUUGUUUUUAUGUGACAUACUGAGCUUAAGUCAUAAUUAUGUGACGGGGCACACCAGCUUCUGAGGUUUUAUGAAUCAUAUUCGUUUAAGUACUUUUGAGUUUUUUUUGUUUGAACAUUAACCAGAUGUUUAUUGCUUAUCAAAUAGAUUAGAACAAAUUGUACAGUAAAAGUUUAGUUAAUAUACAGAGCUGUUUAUGAUUCCUCAUUAUACUGAUCUUGAGUUCUUUAUUUCCCCAAGUGUCAAAAAUACAGUAACUUUAUUUUGAAAUCUUUAUAUUUUUUUUACCGGGUUACUUCCAAAUAUCUACUUUAGAGGUCAAUUUCUUUUAUAUAGUUGUGAAUAUCAUAUUUUUCCAUAAGAGGAAAUAAAGCUCUAUCUGAUAAGAAUAUGACAAACUUGCCAGAGCUGAAAGUAUUUUCAUUCUUUCAGUGACUACAAAUGGUAAGAUGCCUCUUGUAAUUUUACCACAUAAACUGCAUUGAUUUCCCGAAUUUGUCUCAUUCAAUGCAUUUCUGUUGCCUGUAAAACAUGUCUUCAAGUGUACUCUGAGAAUUUAGUUCAAUGUAAAACUAAUCAUUUUAAUACUAUGGUAAAUUCACAAUCUUCACUGUUUGACAGUUAAAACAAAAUUCAUAUUAACAGCACAUUAACAGUAUCUACUACAGUGUGGUGCUGAAAGGAAACUGUAGAUACAGUAGCCUCAUAAGUUUCUCAGGUGGGAAUUAUAAUGUGCAAAGUGUAUUUUAAUGAGUGUAUAUCAAGCACUGUGUGGCACACUACAUACGGCCCUAGAAUGCUUUUUUUAGUUUUGUAUUUAUUCCAUAACGGAUCCCACUUAAAUCAGUCACUGACGCAUUCCCCAGUAGAUCUGCAAUCAUUCCAAAUGAUAUUUCAGUUUGGUCAUGGAAUAUAUGAAUGACAGUAUUGUAUACUGACUCAGAUUCACAAUGAGAUUAUUGUGUUUUUUUUGUUUUACAUUGUAGAACCAGGCACUCCUCAGUCAUUCAUUCCUCAGAUCAGAAUCGGUGGAAAAAGCAAUUGGAUUUGCCUUCUCCUUACUUUUCCCCUUUCAGAGGGAGAGCCUGCUGGGGCUGAAACUCUGAAUUUACAGGACGGCUCUUUUUCAACACGUGCAUCUGUCGUGGCGGAAGAUGCAAAAGGCAUUUACUGUGUAAGUGCAGCUGGAUGGACGCUAGCGCUACGUCACCACGUUGCUGCAGUAACAUCACAGCAAUGAGUUUGAAGGUUGCUUGUUAACUGGGAACAAGCGGUGUAUGUUCACUAAUGGUGAAAAGAAAUAGACAAUAGACUUUAUAUCUAUUUAAUACACUAUAUUUUCUUAUUCCAUUUGGAGUGGUUUGUACUAGCACUGUAUGAGGCUUUUAUUUUGGAAUCAUUUUUUAAUGCAAAUUAAGUAACCAUGCAGUAUAUUUUCCUUUGCUGCAGUGUCAGUCUUGUUUAUUGUAAACUUGAUCUUGAAACAAACAGAAUAGCCUGACAAACUCAAACAGUAAUCCUUAUUUCUGCACCAAGCACAGCCUUGCGCUGUGUAGCCCUGCUGUAAUCUGCGUUCAGUGUGGAUGAGCCGUUUGGAUGCAGCAGCUCCGCAUUCUGCUCGCAUGCAUGUUAUCCUUAAUUUAUUCCUCUAAUCCUCACCCUCAGACUCACUCUUUUACACUCUAACCUGCUGACAUGGGCAUUUUGAAGGGUGUUGAUGUCAAGAUUUUAAAUUUCAACUGUAUUCUCAGUGUUUAAAUGCAAUCUUUCAGAAAUGAAGAGGCUAAUGGCAAAGAAAAAACAAAAAUGUCUUGUUCUUUACUUGGCUUCCAACUCCUUGCUGUGUUACUCCUUGAUCACAAGGAUAAUUUCACUCUCAAAACCUGUUACAGUAAUGUUUCCCACCCCAAAUUUCCACCAUAUUACUAAGUGAAUACUGUUGCCUAAUCAAUAAAAAAAGUCUUUAUA